CUCUCAUCACGUGAUGUGAGUAUCAGCUGACUCUGGCACGGUCUGACUGAUACUGACGCUGAAGACUUGGAGCUGGUAAUAACUGACCAGAAUCUGAGAAAAGCAUUAACAGGACCGAGACAGGCAGCAAGGGUCAUUGUGUCGUAUACCAGUUAAAACGUAUUAAAAAAAAAUACAUUUCAUUAUCAAAAUAUAUACUGUAGUGAAACCAGAUCCUUAGCUCUGCUGCUUCUGCAUUUACCAAGAUGUCAGGCAAAGACAGAAUCGAUGUCUUCCCGUCCCGAAUGGCACAGACCAUCAUGAAGGCUCGAUUGAAAGGGGCUCAGACCGGACGCAACCUUCUGAAGAAGAAAGCCGACGCCCUGACCAUGCGCUUCAGACAGAUUCUUCGGAAGAUUAUUGAGACCAAGACCCUCAUGGGGGAAGUGAUGAGGGAAGCUGCUUUCUCAUUGGCUGAGGCCAAAUUUGCAGCUGGAGACUUCAGCACUACUGUAAUCCAGAAUGUUAACAAAGCUCAGGUGAAGGUCCGGGCUAAGAAAGACAACGUUGCAGGUGUGACUCUGCCUGUGUUUGAGCACUACCAUGAAGGAGGAGAUAGUUACGAGCUGACCGGACUGGCACGAGGAGGCGAGCAGCUUGCCAAACUCAAGAGGAACUACGCCAAAGCUGUGGAGCUGCUGGUGGAACUGGCCUCCCUGCAGACUUCCUUCGUCACUCUGGACGAAGCCAUCAAGAUCACUAACCGACGUGUUAACGCUAUCGAACACGUGAUCAUCCCCCGUAUCGAGCGCACGCUGUCUUACAUCAUAACUGAGCUGGAUGAGCGAGAACGAGAGGAGUUCUACAGGUUGAAAAAGAUCCAGGAGAAGAAGAAGCAAAUCAAGGAAAGGAAUGAGAUCGAGAGGGUGGCUCGCUGUGCCAAGCUGGGUGUGGUAGAAGAGCCAGCCAACAUGCUGAUGGAUGAGAGAGAUGAAGACCUGCUGUUUGAGUAGCCAUAGGCACCAGCACGCCGGACUCCGGAUUACAUGUAUAUCGGUUGUAUUUAAUGUGAGCGUUCAUGUUGUCCUGCGAUGUGUGGAGAAAAACAAAACUGUUUUACUGUUUCUUUUGUCUAAAUACAAAUACACGGUUGUAUUUGCUAAUAAAGUAACUCAUCAAGGUCCAAUACAGAUGGGACCUCCUCAA